AUGUCUGGUAAAGUUGAUAAAAAGAAGGGUUCUUCUGUUAAAAAAACCGAAGGAAAGAGCAAAGAAAUAUCUGCUUUGGCCGCUAAGAUUAGAGCAAAGGCUUUAGAGAACCAGAAGAAGAUGUUAAAGAAUAGUGAAACUACCUCUGACCAGGAGGAUGAUCCAAGUGAAAGUGAAGAAGAAGAAGGUUCUGAUUCUGAGGAUGUUGAGGUCUCCAAGGAUAAACAAGAGGAAGAAGAGGAAGGUGAAACUUUUGAAUCAUUUUCUGAUUUAGAUUUAGUUCCUGAAUUGAUUGAAGCUUGUAAAAAUUUGAAUUUUGCCAAACCAACACCAAUUCAAGCAAGAUCUAUUCCUCCUGCUUUACAAGGUCAUGAUAUUAUCGGUUUGGCUCAAACUGGUUCUGGUAAAACUGCUGCAUUUGCUAUUCCAAUCUUAAAUCGACUAUGGCAUGACCAACAGCCUUAUUAUGCAUGUAUAUUAGCACCAACAAGAGAAUUGGCACAGCAAAUUAAGGAAACAUUUGAUUCUUUAGGGUCUUUGAUGGGUGUUCGUUCUGCUUGUAUUGUUGGUGGUAUGAAUAUGAUGGAUCAAGCUAGAGAUUUAAUGCGUAAACCUCAUAUUAUCAUUGCAACUCCUGGUAGAUUAAUGGAUCAUUUAGAAAAUACUCGUGGGUUCUCCUUACGUAAAUUGAAAUUUUUAGUUAUGGAUGAAGCUGAUAGAUUAUUAGAUAUGGAAUUCGGUCCAGUUUUAGAUAGAAUUUUGAAAAUUAUUCCAACCCAAGGCAGAACUACUUAUCUAUUUUCCGCUACUAUGACCUCUAAAAUUGAUAAACUACAGAGAGCUAGUUUGACAAACCCAGUUAAAUGUGCUGUUUCAAACAAAUAUCAAACUGUUGAUACUUUAGUUCAAACACUAAUUGUUGUACCAGGUGGGUUGAAAAAUACAUACUUGAUAUACCUAAUGAAUGAAUUCAUAGGCAAAACUAUUAUUGUUUUCACUAGAACGAAGGCAAACGCUGAAAGAAUCACAACAUUGGCAAACUUGUUAGAGUUUAGUGCGACUGCAUUGCAUGGUGAUUUAAAUCAAAACCAAAGAACAGGUUCUUUAGAUUUAUUUAAAGCAGGUAGAAGAUCAAUACUUGUUGCUACUGAUGUCGCUGCAAGAGGUUUAGAUAUCCCAUCUGUCGAUAUUGUUAUCAAUUAUGAUAUUCCUGUAGAUUCAAAGUCAUAUAUUCAUAGAGUUGGUAGAACUGCAAGAGCAGGAAGAUCUGGUAAGUCCAUUUCUUUAGUGUCACAGUAUGAUUUGGAAUUAAUUUUAAGAAUUGAAGAUGUCCUUGGAAAGAAACUACCAAAAGAAAAUGUCAAUAAAGAUGCUAUUUUGACUCUAAGAGAUUCAGUAGAUAAAGCUAAUGGUGAAGUCGUCAUGGAAUUAAACAGAAGAAAUAAAGAAAAGAUUGCAAGAGGUAAGGGUAGAAGAGGCAGAAUGGCUGCCAGAGAUGACAUGGAUAAAGGAGAACGUUAA